AUGCAUGAGGAAGCUAUGUCUAUUAACAAGUCUCUAUCAGCUCUAGGUGAUGUUAUCUCAGCAUUGAGUAGUGAACAAUCGUUUAUACCCUACCGUAAUAAUAAACUCACUAUGUUGAUGCAGGAUUCACUCGGAGGAAACGCUAAAACUCUUAUGUUUGUCAAUAUUUCACCAGCUGAUUAUAAUCAAGAUGAAUCUGUUAUAUCUUUAACCUACGCUUCUAGAGUAAAACUUAUAACUAACGAUGCCUCCAAGAAUUCUGAUAAUAAAGAAAUCGCUCGACUCAAAUCUAUUAUUCAGAAAUUAAAACAAGGCGAAGAUGUUGAGGAAGAAGAUUAG